AGAUAUAAGGAGAAAUCUCCCACUCCCACAUCACAGGGGGCUCUUGGUCUCCUCUCAAGCUGCUGUUCACAUCCUGCUUUCUAACCUUGCUGUCCUAAACUCUACUGUUCCUAAGGAGCCACCAUGAGCCGGCAGUUCAGCUCCAGAUCGAUGACAGCGGGUGGAAGAAGGGGCUAUUCCGUUUCUAGCAGUGGCUUCAGAGCGGGCACUGGCUCAGCAUCCCUAGUUCCCAUUGGAGGAGCAGGAGCUUUAAUUGGUGGCUUUGGUAGCAGAAGUCUCUACAGUCUUGGUGGAAGCAAGCGGAUAUCUCGGGGCCUGGUUUCUGGUGGUGGUGGUGGAGGUUUUGGUGGAAGAGGCUUAGUUGGUGGUGGUCAAGGGUUCAGCAGCUUUAGUGCUGCCAAUUAUGGAGGUUUUGGUGGUGGUGGUAUAGGGUUUGGCAGUGGAGCAGGCCUUGGUGGUGGUGCAGGCUUUGGUGGUGGCUUUGGUGGUGGUGCAGGCUUUGGUGGUGGUGGUGCUGGCUUUGGUGGUGGUGCUGGCCUGGGAGGCUUUGGUGUUGGUGGAUAUGCCAUUUCAGGCCCUGGGCCCUGUCCGGCACCUGGACGCAUCCAUAAUGUUAUUGUUAACAAGAAUCUACUGACUCCUCUGCACAUGGAAGUUGAUCCUGAGCUCCAGAGGGUUCGGGUGCAAGAAAGGGAACAGAUAAAGACCCUCAACAACAAAUUCGCCACCUUCAUUGACAAGGUACGAUUCCUCGAGCAACAGAACAAAGUGCUGGAGACCAAAUGGGACUUGCUAUACCAGCAGGGCACUCCGGCUCUAAGGGACAAUCUCGAGCCCCUCUAUGAGGCAUAUAUUGAUGGUCUCCGACGGCAGCUGGAAAGUCUAAUCAGUGAUAAAAACCAUCUGGAUGUUGAACUGAAGAACACACAAGAGCUUGUCGAGGAUUUCAAGAACAAAUACGAGGAUGAAAUUAACAAACGUACCGCUUGUGAGAACGACUUUGUGGUGCUCAAAAAGGAUGUGGAUGGUUCAUACAUGCACAAGAUUGACCUGGGAUCCAAGGCAGAUUCCUUGACACAGCACAUCCAAUUCUUAAGAGCACUCUUUGAUUCGGAACUUGCUCAGGUACAAGCCCAAGUCAAAGACACCAGCGUCGUCCUUCAAAUGGACAACAACAGAGAUCUGGACCUGAAUAGCAUCAUUGCUGAAGUCAAAGCUCAGUAUGAAGAUAUUGCCAGCAGAAGCAGAGCUGAGGCAGAAGCUUGGUACCAAAGCAAGUACCAGGAACUCCAAAGCACGGCUUCCAAACACGGGGAUGACUUGAAAUCCACCAAAGAUGAGAUUGCAGAAUUGAGCCGGAUUGUCCAAAGACUUCGUUCUGAAAUUGAAAUUGUGAAGAAAGCGGUUAAUAGUCUGCAUUCUUCCAUAGCAGAAUCUGAGCAGCGUGGGGAGCUGGCACUCAAGGAUGCUCGGACCAAGUUGCUCGACCUUCAGACCACCCUGCAGACCCGCAAGGAUGAGCUGGCUCGCCUGCUGCGUGAUUACCAGGAACUGAUGAAUGUGAAAUUGGCUCUGGACAUUGAAAUUGCCACCUAUAGAACACUGCUGGAGGGAGAGGAGAGCAGGAUGUCUGGAGAGUGCCCGACUCCUGUCAACAUCUCUGUGAUCAGCAGUUCCGGUUCUAUCGGUGGUGGAGGCGGUGGAUAUGAUAUUGGAGGAGGAAGUGGAUAUGGAGUCGGAGGCGGCGGUGGAUACGGAGGAGGAAGUGGAUACAGUGUUGGAGGAGGGAGUGGAUACGGUGUCGGAGGAGGGAGUGGAUACGGUGUCGGAGGAGGGAGUGGAUACGGUGUCGGAGGGGGAAGCGGAUUGAGCCUUGGUGGGGGAGGUGGUGGGGGUGGACAUAGCCGCAUCAAUGUUGGAGGAGGAAUCAGCCGAUUUAGCAGCGGAGGCAGCCUAAGUGGUGCCGGAAGCCUCGGUGGCAGUGGAUAUGGCUAUGGUGGGGGAAGUUCAAGUGUGAAGUUUGUAUCAUCCACAACAUCGAGCAAGAGAAUAAGCAGUUAAGGUUUUAAAGAAAACGAAUUAUUCAUUGCUUCAUGAAACAAACGUUGCUCC